UUUCAACCUUAAAAAUUUUAUGUGAAAUUCAUCCGUUUUCCAGAGUCCAUCACAAUGGCAGAUACCAAAGGGACUCACAGGCCACAGAGUCUCAGUUCGCUCUCCCUCUCUUCCUCCUCUCCCAGAAAUGCUCCCAAAAUCCAACCACCGGCGCUGACAAACCAAACCACCUGCAGCCUGCAGGUCGUCAAGUCCUCGUCUGCCUUUACCUCCCCCGGCAUCCAGGCUCCGGCCGGGGAAACCUCCGGCGACCCGCGUCUAGGCUCCAAGAACCUCACGGCCCGUACAACAAGAAAGCAGAGGAAAGCUCACCCUCCUCGAUCCUCGUCCUCUCCGUUGCGGCGGCGGUGCCGUCAGUGGCCUGGCGUCCACGUCGCAACCUUCGUUUUCGUCUCCACAUCGAGAGACGGGAGGAGAGAGACCUGGCGUCGCGGAGCGAGGCGAGGGAGACGUCUCACCUCUCCUCACCUCGUCACUUUCUGCGGCGGCCGCCGUUCCUCGGCCACUCUCCGGCACCUGCCGGCAGCGAGCCGCCGAGCAGGACGCAGCGGCUGCCAUGAGAAGAUAAACUUGAUAGCGCCAAAGAUCUACCUACAAAGUUCAGCAUGGGUUCUGGGAAUUUGUUAAUGAAGAAGGUGGUAAAGCCCAGUUCCUUUGAUCUGGACAUAAAAUUUGAUCAGAGUUGGGUGGAGGAUGUUAGUUGCCCUAUCUGUCUCGAUAUCCCUCAUAAUGCAGUCUUACUGAGGUGUACCUCAUAUGAGAAGGGCUGUAGACCAUUCAUAUGUGACACAGAUCAGACACGUUCAAACUGUCUUGAGAGGUUCAAAGUUGCUCAUGGGAUACCAGUCAAUGUGAAAGUCUCAUCUCUUACUGUGGCUCCCCUUAAUAGCAUUCAUAUCAUUUCAUCUAAUGCAAAUAACAGCCCAGCCUGCCCGUUGUGCAGAGGUGAUGUGAUUGGGUGGUUUAUUAUUGAUGAGGCUCGCUUGCAUCUUAACCAGAAGAAAAGUUGUUGUGAAGAGAGUUCAUGCUCAUAUGCUGGUAACUUCCAUGAACUUCAGAAGCACACCCAGCAAAAACAUCCAAAUUCACGCCCUUCAGAAAUUGAUCCUGCUCGCCGGGUUGACUGGGAGAAUUUGCAGCAGUCUUCUGAUAUAAUAGAUGUCUUGAGUACAAUACAUGCACAGGUUCCUAAUGGUAUAGUCUUGGGAGAUUAUGUCAUCGAGUAUGGGGAUGAUGAAGCUGGAGAUGAGUAUGAAGUCUACCACAGGGUUAGAAGGAACUGGUGGGCAUCCUGUAUUUUUUGCAAGGCGUUCCGUAGAUCUUCAGGAGGCCGAAGAAGAGCAAGAGCAAGGGAAAGGAGAGAUAGUGGAACGAGGAGCAGCAAUAGAUCUAGUCAAGAAAGCCUUGCCCUUGAAGUGCCAACAAGAUCUGUUGACAUAAGAGAAAUUAGAUUUGAUGAAAUUGAUGACGAAUAUAUAGUUACAGGGGCCAUGCCUAGGGUUGCAGCGUCAAGGAGAAUGGCUGGUCAUUACAGGGAUCCCAGGUUCAGACACCGACCUUCACACUUGUAGGAUCAACCAGCAAAAAAAGGAAAAGCCGUGCUGAUGUCUGAUGCAGCAACAAUCAGAAUUGCUCGACCUCUGUUCAUUUAUUUUUCCUUUGUUUUAAACAAAAAAGAAGAAAAUAAAACUCUCCACCCUUGGAGGUGCUCUGGCAGCCCAAAUUUCCUGUACAGAAAAUAUAGCAGCAAGCCUUUUGUUACUGUUGAUUUGCAGCGGGUUUCAUCUCCGUUGCAGGUUCUUUAAUGUAAAUAUUUAGCUCCCUACUUAUGGUAGCAGUGUUUGAAGAUCAGCUUCCUGUCUUGCAGAUCCUUGUAUCUCAAAAUGCUUCUCUGGAAUGCAGCCUACUUUAACAGCAAAAAUGCUCCUAAGACUUACCAUGCUGA